AUGGCCCAAGCUCUGGACUUGGUCCCCUGGCCUCCAGAUACCAGCCCCCUCUAUGCAGCCCCCGCCGUCCUCAUUCCGCUGGAGCCCAAGAAGACCAUGUUAGCUGGCGUGAAGGAUGACCUCUACCACCCCUGCCUGCCAACACUGAGGCGCAUGGACAUGGACUCCAUGGCCAACAGGCUCACCGACCAGCAUUCCAGGACCAGCACCAUGUGCUGCAAAGAGGAUUUCCAAAGGGCGACCUUCACCUUGGCCGGAGUGCCCAGCAGCCCCCUCCCCUCCAAGGGCAUGUUGGAGCUGCGGCGGUCGCUGGGCGGGCGGUACCGCGCGGGGAAGCUGGCUCCGCUGCCGCCCAGCACCAACCAGGAGGAGUGGCCCAGCUACACGCGCGCCAUGCAGGACUGGUCCCGCUUCGUCUCCGCCGCCGGCGAGUUGCCGCUGCCCAGCCUCGGCGGCAAAGUUCUUGGCUUCAGCUGUUACGCUGUCAGGUACUUAAAACCAGAUGUCACUCAAACCUGGAGGUAUUGCCUGAACCAGAAUCCCAGCCUGGAUCGAUACGGACCGAAGCCUCUUCCUUACAACACCGUGAACACUUACAGGAGCUUUGGAACUGCGCACAGCCGCUCUCACUACCUUGAGCCCUGGCACUAAGGAGCUGGUCCCUGAUGAGGCCUGAGGCCCGGCCUGAGCCUUUGCCCAGCUUUUCAACACCCAGAAGCAAUAAAACCUACGAGCUGCCUUAAGAGGAGACGUGGCCGAGGAAGGCAGCUCCCAGGCAGGCAAAUCAUGUUCUCAGCCUUGUGCUUUCAGUUUCAAGGAUGCAGGCCAAGAGGGGAGGCCUCUGGGUGGUUUCUCCUGCCCUUCCCCUCCCCCCAGGUGUGAUGCAUGAAAGCACCUCCCAAAACAAACUAGGAUCCGACCAGCCUAUAAAUGCCGGCAUCUUUCUUUCACCACAUGGAAAAUUGGGGGACCGAGAAGUCCUUGUUCCCACUGGAGCUCACUGAGGCAUUUCUGUCACAAAGCCAAACCAGCUCUCUGUGUUAAAUGUGUGUGUGUGUGUGUGUGUGUGUGUCCCAGAGUGACCCAGGAAUGGGAACCUGCUCAGCGGAUGCAGAUCCGGUGAAAAUGGUAAGGCCAUCAGCUGCAUCCAUGCAAGACCCUCAACAGUUUCCAGGUGGUCCUUAUCUUACGCGCUUUAGUUGAGCGACUGUUCAAAGAUAUGACGGCACUGACAACAGUUGCUCGUGACUGGUCCUUGCACUCACAACCGUUGCAGCAUCCCCAGGGUCACGUGAUCAAAAUUCAGGCACUUGGCAACUAGCGUGUAUUUAUUUCCGUUGUAGCAUUCUGGGGCUACGUGAUCACACUCUGAGAGCUUCCCGGCUGGCUUUUGACAAGCCAAGUCAAUAGAGGAAGGUGAAUUCACUUAAUGACCUCGUGAGCCACUUAACAACUGCAAUGUUUCACUUAGCAAUGUGAGCAAAAAAGGUUAAAUUGGGUACAACUCACUUAACAGUCACCUCGCUUAGCAACAGAAAUUCUGGUCCCAGUUGGGCCAUAACUCAAGAACUGCCUGUACUCAGAGAAGGGGUGAACCUUGAAUCCAUCUGCAGCUGAUGGGCUACAGUUCUAGCCAUGCAUUUCUAGAUGGGGGCAAACCAGGGGCUUCCAGGUCCUUUCCCAAUAGAUUAACCAGAGUUUUGCUUUUGGAGGUGCUGCUUUCCAGCCCAGGAGCCAACGGAAAUUGAUGGAGAGAGACUCUGACCAACUGAAGCAUAUCAGGGUCUCCUUGUGGAGGUGGGCAAAAUCAAGAAACGUGGCGGGAGCCCCAGGCACAUCUGCCUGGACAGCCUGCCCAAGUUUCCCCCUGCCCCACCUUAUCACAAGCAAAGUCAAGAGAGGGUUGGAGCCAUUUCUUCCUUCCUGUGCCCAGGUCAGAGAGACCUUCCUUCGCACCCACAGUUUCCCCCACCCCCCACUCUCCUGGUCACCUUUCUUGCUUUCUGUGGGAGGGAGGGGGAAGUCUUCAGAGCCCCACCCACAUCGUAAAAGAUGUGAGAAGGGACAGCAUGGGGUCGGGGGGUGCCAGACUCUUCCCCCAGCCCAAAAGGAAAUGGCCCUAAAUAUCAAGGCUUGGGGCAGUGCCACCAAAGCCUUCAAAAGGAUAGUCCUCCUGCUUGGCAUGGCUUGUACCAACGGAAGGAGAGAAUCCCAUCUCGGGAGGGGAGCAAGGAAAGGCAGGCGGAGGAUGGCAUGUGUCCAUCUCCUUGCCAGAGGGUCAGGCAUCCAUGUUCCAAGGCAAGCAGCAGCUGCAAAUGAAUGUCGGUUUCCAUAUAACCCAGUUUAGCCUAUUCUGCAAAGAGCCGCCUCUGGAGAGUAAUUCUCAGCAUGACUCAUCUUGCAGUUGGCAUGUAGGGCUGCUGGCCGUGUUGGUAGAGCUGCUGGCAAUACCAUAUCUGGAGGGCAACGUGGUCACUCUUAGGAUUGAGAACCAGAAUGAGCCAGGACAGAGUAACUCCACCCCUGAACCAAAACUUUCAGCAAGGCUCAAAGGAUGCUGUGCAGCCCUUGGCCUAUCCUGGCACUUCCUCUGUCCUACAGGUGCCCUCAACAAGCAGCUAUUUUGGCUCCUCCCGGCUGUGCCAACACCAGCUGCUCUCAAAGCCCCAAGUGACAGUUUUAGCCAUCAACCUGGAUGUGAAGGUGCUGUUGGCCUUGCCAGUGAGCCCCUCCUCCCUCUGCACUUGAGGCUCUUGUCUCAGCACCCCCACACAGCCUACCCGAUUUCUCUGAUGUGUCUUGUUAGAAUUCGGGAAGAAAUUGGUCCACCCUUGAAUGCAUCUAUUGUUGUAGGAAAGCUGUUGGUGCAAUCUCAACUGUCCACCCUCGGCAGUGUUACCAUUGACUUGGCUUCCAACAACCCAUUAGGACUCAGCAGCUGACAUUCAAUAAUGAAUGUCACCCUAGUGGCUCAUUCCCACUCCCAGAAUACACAGCCCUGCCUGGGGCAAGGCAGAUCCUGGGGAGAGACACCAAUGGUGGUUAGAUGGCUUCCUGCAGAAUAGUAGCCUUCCAGGCACUGACUUUGUAUUUCAAAUUGUUUUAAGUGUGUCGUCUAAGGUAACUCUGGGGUCUACCAGGUUUUUAAUCUUCUAUUCCUGGCUUCUUUCUUGAUUGCACAAAUAUCCACCCGAGGCUACUAUGCAUAAUCCAACCUUGGGAUUGUAUUGAUAGCCUCCAUCUGACCUCAAAUAGCACCAUUUUGGGUACUGCGGGAACACCAGGCUUCUGGGUCUCCAUGGAUGCCAUGUGUGCCUUCUGCAAGCAACCAAAUGCUUGGUCUUGGCAUCAGUUUGGGCCAAGCCCCCUCCCAUGGGAGACACAAUCUACUCCCCAAUUGUGAAAAUGAAAAAAAAGGGGGGAAACAGAUGUGCUACCUGAACUCUUUAGGGAUCAGUAGAAUUAAAAUCCAGGAAAAGAUACCUUUCUUGUUGACAGAAGCUGCCUUGUUCUGCAACAGUGGUUUCAUUACAUGUAUGCUGUUCUUGAGAUGAUGCUUUCAAAAGUGCUGCCAUUUUGCCCACCCAACUCCCCAUUCUGGUGCUUAUCAUUUGCAUUGAACUUGUCCACAGGAGCCCAGUUUAAAACCUAGCCUAUGGAUACAUUCUUGGAUAAAUUUCUCACGCCCGACCUAAAGGAUGUUGCAACGGAUAAAUAGAAUGAGGGAAUUCUGAGCUCUUGGCAAAAGAGCACAUUUAUUUUUUAAAAAAAUUGAAUAUAUUGGGAAAUCUGCCCUGGAUACAGUACAAGUGUAUUUCCCUCCCAAAUUUUGUCUAGAACCCAACAAGGCAUAUUUUAACAAUAGAAAAGCAAAGCACCAAGAACUUUGUUUUGUAUCUGGACAUGGGACCCCAGUUGUCCGAAGGAGCCCCUCUUUCAGUAGUGUUUGACACCUCAGCUGCUACAUAUUUUAAUUUUUAUAUUCUUGUUUGGGACUACUUUUAAUUGAUUUUAAUUUUGUUCAUCACCCACUCACUUGAGAUGGGCAGCCAUAGAAAAUAAAUUUAAGUAAGCCAAAUUCAUUUUUAUGGGAUGAUUUGUUACCUUUGUGUUUAUAGUGAUGAACUGAGAAAUCUCUUUCUUAGCGAUUCCUGUGAUCUCAAAAGGAAAGUGCCCCUCCCAGCCAUAGUCAUACGGACCCCUGGCAAGGGACAGGGUAGGAACUCUUCCCAAAAGCUGCAGGAAUGUCGCCCUGUCUCCUCCACAGAGUGUUGGGAUUCUGCCCCGGAGGGCACCAGCAGGGGAGAACCUGUCCCCAGGUGGAAGGCCAAGCCGAGGACCCUUGGCUGACCAUGGAAACCCGUUUGCUAGACACAGGGCGGAAGGUCAGCCUUAAACUCUGGUUGAGUGGAAGGUCAUGGAUUGUUUCCCAUCAAAACUCCUCCCUUCUGUAACAUGUAAUUUUCAUUGGAUUUUCUGUGGUUCACUAUGCAACACUUCGGCGUUAUGAGCCCCUGGUUGCUCCUCUGCUUAAAUCCUUGCUUCAGACCUCUCAGUGUGCAGCGAACAAUAUAAAAUAUAAUAGAUUAUAGUGUGCAUAGAUAUAUACUGUCUAUUCUGUGUGUGCUUGCGUGUAUAUAUAUAUGUGUGUGUAUGUAUACAUACAUAUUUUAUAUAAACUAUUGUUCAAUGCACACUAAGAGACCCCAAGCAAGGAUUUAAGCAGAGGAGCAAGCAGGGGCUCGUAAGGCUGAAGUCUUGCUCGAAGUGCCAGAGGGCAUCCUGCAAGUGGGAACCCCGUGGAUAAGGCUUGGAUUGGGCUCCAUGCUUGCUUAUAGUUGCCCAUACAGGCAGGUCUCCUCAGGAACUCUCACUCUGAAGACAGAGAACUCCACCGGCCAUUUGGCUUGGGAUUUCCAGCUCCCAUGAGACCCAGGCUGCCUGUUGCUUUCAGAAUGCUUGGAGUGAAAAUACAGCUUCCUCCCCCAAAUGGAAUGCUGUUGCCAGAAAGGAGGAUUCUGUCUGCUGGGACCAAAGGAAGCGUCCAAUCUGCAGGGCUCACAAGCCGUUUCCUUUGAGAGAGAGAGAGAGAGAGACCAGCCCUGCUUUAUACCAGAGAUGAGCCUCUCCAGUCCCGGGAACAAAAGCAGCAAAGAACGAGGGGCCAGGAGCUCUCCUCAGCCCAAUCAGCCUGACUCUCACAGGGGGAUCCAGGUGUCCCCAAAAACAUUCAGAAUUGAGCUGAAGGAAGGCUGAAGCAAGAAGGGAGGUGCAGCACAGACAAAAUGGGGCUGGGGCAAGAGAGGUGGAGAAUAGGCAGAAGAGGAAGAGUUUCGGGAGAGGAUGGGAAAGUGACAAUGGAGCCUGCAGAAAGGAAGCCUACAAAGAAGACGGGGAAAAGAAAAGCCACCAAAGCGGAGGCCCUCUUGGCUCUCAGGAAAGGGAGGGGCCAGCUUCCAUCUCACAGGCUCUGG